AUGGCCAGAUCUCCCGCGAAAUUUGCUCUAAGUGCUGGAAUGGUACAUAUCGACGAGGGAGCUGAUGAGACUCCAUUCGAUGUUCACGUGGAAUUGUUAUGCAGUUGUUCUCCCUACUUCAACUCGCUGCUCAGCAAUCGCACUGAGAAACACAUCCCAUCCGAUCCUAUUUACUCUUCGAACGAUGAUCCAGAUGUCUUCGCGGAGCUGUUAGGUUGGGUGUACAGCGGUGACACUUCCAUUGACUUGCCUUCUCGUAAUAGGAUUUCGUUCUUGCUACGAUUAUGGAUCCUAGCUGCUAAGUACCAGAUCGUGGAACUGCAAAACCAUGUUAUAGAAAGAACUCUGCAACGUUGA